AUGGCCACACACGGCAAUUCGGUACUGUUACCUGUGCAAAGAAGCAGAAGGGGUACCACAAAAAUUAUUGCAUGUGCAUGUAUGGAUGCUGCUCAAGGAUACGGUUCCAAACAUGUGGAAUUGGUUGCUGCGAUAUUGGUGGAACAAAUGGCACAUGUCUCAGUAAGUUGGGACAAAAGUUGCCGGUUUUUAACCAAAUGA